GGAGCAGUACUUCCGGGUCAGCUGGGCCGGCCGCCGUGACCUUCCUCGCCGCUCGGCCAUUUUGUUCCAGUCAGUUCGGAGACUGCGGCUGCGGAGUAGCUUAGUGCCGUGAAACUGCUAACAUGUUGUCGGUGCGCGUCGCCGCGGCCGUGGCCCGCGCCCUCCCUCGGCGGGCCGGACUGGUCUCCAGAAAUGCUUUGGGUUCAUCGUUCAUUGCCACAAGGAACCUCCAUGCCUCUAACACUCAUCUUCAGAAGACUGGUAAGUCAUUGCUCAGCGUUCACCACGCUUCCUUCCUUAGUAAUGAAGACUGUUUUUUAAAUUGGAUUAUCCUCUCAAUAGGCACUGCGGAGAUGUCCUCUAUUCUUGAAGAGCGUAUUCUCGGAGCUGAUACCUCUGUUGACCUUGAGGAGACUGGGCGUGUUUUAAGUAUUGGUGAUGGUAUUGCUCGAGUUCAUGGGCUGAGGAAUGUUCAAGCAGAAGAAAUGGUAGAGUUUUCUUCAGGCUUAAAGGGUAUGUCUCUGAACUUGGAACCUGACAACGUUGGUGUUGUCGUAUUUGGAAAUGAUAAGCUGAUUAAGGAGGGAGACAUUGUGAAGAGGACAGGAGCCAUCGUGGAUGUGCCCGUGGGUGAGGAGCUGCUGGGCCGGGUGGUGGACGCCCUUGGUAACGCCAUUGAUGGAAAGGGUCCAAUUGGUUCUAAGACCCGUAGGCGAGUUGGUCUGAAGGCCCCUGGAAUAAUUCCUCGAAUCUCAGUACGAGAACCCAUGCAGACUGGCAUUAAGGCUGUGGAUAGCUUGGUGCCAAUUGGUCGUGGUCAGCGUGAGCUAAUUAUUGGUGACAGACAGACUGGGAAAACCUCCAUUGCUAUCGACACAAUCAUUAACCAGAAGCGCUUCAAUGACGGAACUGAUGAGAAGAAGAAGCUAUACUGCAUCUAUGUGGCUGUUGGGCAGAAGAGGUCUACGGUGGCCCAGCUGGUGAAGAGGCUCACGGAUGCAGAUGCCAUGAAGUACACUAUUGUGGUGUCAGCCACGGCUUCAGAUGCGGCCCCACUUCAAUACCUGGCUCCUUACUCUGGCUGUUCCAUGGGAGAGUAUUUUAGAGAUAAUGGCAAACAUGCUUUGAUCAUCUAUGACGACUUAUCCAAACAGGCUGUUGCUUACCGCCAGAUGUCUCUGCUUCUCCGCCGGCCCCCAGGUCGGGAGGCCUACCCUGGAGAUGUGUUCUACCUGCACUCCCGAUUGCUGGAGAGAGCAGCUAAAAUGAACGAUGCCUUUGGGGGCGGCUCCUUGACUGCUUUACCAGUCAUUGAGACACAGGCUGGUGAUGUCUCUGCCUACAUUCCAACAAAUGUUAUUUCCAUCACUGACGGACAGAUCUUCUUGGAAACAGAAUUGUUCUAUAAAGGUAUCCGCCCGGCCAUCAAUGUUGGCUUGUCUGUGUCCCGUGUUGGAUCUGCUGCUCAAACCAGGGCUAUGAAGCAGGUGGCAGGUACCAUGAAGUUAGAACUGGCUCAGUAUCGUGAGGUUGCUGCUUUUGCCCAGUUUGGUUCUGACCUUGAUGCUGCCACUCAGCAACUCCUGAGUCGUGGUGUUCGUCUGACUGAGCUGCUGAAGCAAGGACAGUACUCUCCUAUGGCUAUUGAGGAGCAGGUGGCUGUUAUCUAUGCGGGUGUCAGGGGAUAUCUGGACAAGUUGGAGCCCAGCAAGAUCACCAAAUUCGAGAAUGCUUUCCUGUCUCAUGUCAUCAGCCAGCACCAGGCUUUGUUGGGCAAUAUUAGGGCUGAUGGGAAGAUCUCUGAAGAGUCAGAUGCAAAGCUGAAAGAGAUCGUAACCAAUUUCUUGGCUGGAUUUGAAGCAUAAACUCCUAUGGAUUCCUAUGAAAUGCCAGUUUGUUUUUGUUGUUUAUUCUAGUAAAUCAGUUGCAUUUGUAAAAGGAUUACUCUCAGUCCCAAUGUACAGAUCACGGUAAAAAUAAAGGUUCCAUGUUGAGUGGGG